AUGUUUGUGUAUCUUGCACCAUUAAGGGAUGGUUUUGUUAGUGGAUGCAGACCAAUUAUUGGAGUAGAUGGCUGCCAUCUUAAGGGUGCUUACCCUGGCCAAAUUUUAGUUGCUGUAGCUAAGGAUGGUAAUAACCACAUAUUUCCACUAGCAUGGGCAACUGUGGAAAUUGAGAACAAGGACACAUGGUCAUGGUUCCUUGAGGCAUUGGAGGUCAAGAUGAAGGGCCUGCUAGAAGCAUUUGAGAAUGUUGUACCUAAGGCUGAGACUAGGUACUGUGUUAGACACAUCUGGUCUAACUUCAAACAACAAUUCCAAGGAUCUCUAUUCAAAGAGCUAUUUUGGAAUGCAGCUAGGGCUUACACUCAGUAUUAUAAUGCAUAUGGUCAGACUGAUUUUGAAGUGGCUAUGGAGUCUAUAAACUUUUUAUCUGAAGAAGCCUAUGAUUACCUAGCAAAUAUCCCCCCCCCAACAUUGGUCCAGACAUGCAUUCUCCCCAACAUGGAUGCUAGGGAUAAGCCAAUCUUAACACAAAUGGAAUGGCUUAGAAGAUACAUGAUGAAGAGGACCAAUGAUAAAUGGAUGGCAGCCUCUGAAUGGGAAGGGUUGUGUGUUCCUUAUGUGAAAAAGGUGUUUGAUGGGUUGGAAAAGUAUGCAAGGACAUGCACUGUCCAGUCAGGUAGGGGUGAGCUUUAUGAAGUGGAGUAUAAGGAUGAUACAUGUGUUGUUAACCUUGAAGCAAGGACAUGUACUUGUUACAGAUGGGAUUUGACAGGAUUGCCUUGUGUCCAUGCUUUUGCUGCUUUGGUGGAUAAAAGGGUUGAUCCAGAGCUUUAUGUCCACCCAUACUACCACAUAGAGACUUACCUGGCUGCCUAUGAGACUCCCAUUCAGUCCAUGCCUGGAGCCAAGCAUUGGGAUAAGGUGCAUAUGAGAGAGCCUAUGCCUCCAGCUUUUAAGGUCCAACCUGGGAGACCAAAAGCUAAAAAGAGGAAGCUUGAACAAGGGGAGGGGAGUUCUGCACCUAAUUAA